AUGACUGUCUCUGCAAUGUUCGAUUCUAUUCCAGAUGCCCUCGAAGCCUUUAUCGUUUUGGACGAUGAGUCCCGCGAAAAUGAAGGUGAUCUUAUUAUAGCCGCCGAAAAAAUUACCACAGAAAAAAUGGCCUUUUUGAUUCGACACUCUUCAGGUUAUGUCUGUGCUCCUCUCACUAAUACCAUUGCCGAUCGUCUUCAUCUGCCUCUCAUGGCUCAUGCUUUGAAAACUCCAACUCCCUCUAAAGAAGCCAGCACUGCUGCUACUGCAGAUACUCCCGGCGCUACAGAUGACGACGGCACACCCUCGGACCGCCACGGCACUGCAUACACAAUCACGUGCGACUUUGGCGAGGGAACUACAACUGGAAUCUCGGCCGCAGACCGGGCCCUUACAGCUUCUAAACUUGCAGACCCAUGUACCACUGCACGCCAGUUCCUCAAGCCCGGUCACUUGCUGCCGCUGCGUGCACGUGAUGGUGGUGUUCUUGAGCGCCGUGGCCAUACUGAGGCUGGUGUUGAUCUUUGCAAGCUUUCUGGGCUUCAACCAGUGUCUGUCAUUUGUGAACUUGUGCGUGAGGAGGAUGGGCUUAUGGCGCGUCGUGAUGACUGUCUCAAAUUUGCAAAGGAACACAAUAUUAAGGCUAUCACGAUUGAUGAUCUUGUGCGUUUUAUUCAGGCUACUAGUGCAUAA